CUAACUACAAUCAAAAUUCAUUUGCUGGCUCUGAAAAAGUCGCAUAGUCGACGUUUUCGUUUUAGAGAGAGAAAGAAUCAGAGUUUCUGCUUCUGCUUUAGGAGGAGAGAGAGAGAGAGAGAGAGACAGCGAGCGAACCAUGAUAACACGAUCGAAUCUGGUUGAACAGCUGCGAGAGUAUCAGAUUCGAUCCAAGCAUGAUUGGGCCUCUGUCUCGUUCUUCUCCUCCACUUCUUCAAACAUCACCACUUCCAGGGUGGAUGUGGUGGUUUUUGUAAUAUGGGAACUUGUUAUUUUAGCUUUCUUGGUCUUUUCCGUAGUCUCUUUGUACUUCAAGCACAUCCGGCUUGCUUUUAUUUUAGUCUGCAUCACAAUCCUAUUGCUUUUAUGCAUGAAAAUUACAAAGCAAGUAAGGCUUGCAAGGAAAAAGAGACGAAGGAUGCUUCUUCCAUUGUCAAUGUAAAGUGGCAUCAAGUCUUGACCUUUGGCAUAUUUCCUAUUCUCUUACCAUUCAUUUACUGGCUAGGGUCUUGGCCAUUUGUGACCAUUUCAACUGGUCUCGCUUAUCAUUCAUCACUGGAUUGUGUAUCCUCUGAUUCCACCCAUAGCAAGUCGACUGAAGUAUAUAAUUGAUGGUUCUUACAUCAAGACAAGCUUAUCCAAUUGGUUGAUCUAGAUCAUUGUUGGAGGCAAUGUGGCUUAGUAAUGCUAGGAUCUUGUCACAACCUAUAUAUUUGGCAUUUCUUUUUGCUGUUUGUUUCUGUAUACAUAGUGCAACUGCUGCAAGUUACUAUUGAGUUUUUGACCCCUUGACAUUGAAAGCUCAAAUACCAUCUGAUGAGUUAUUGUAUAAUGACAACAUAUGUGCGAGAUAGGUUUGGCAAUGUGUUAUUGCGCAUAAGGUGAUUAAAUGGUAGGUGCAAAGUGUUGCUAGCUUUGCUAGCCUUUGAAGAUAAUUUUUUGUGGUGUUGGCCUUGUAUGGAGAAUGUAACCCUUGUUCAACUUCACUUUGGGUGAUGAUGUGAAAAUAUUUCCUUAUCCGACCUAAGACCUAGUUGAUUUGUGAUUGUCAAUGGAAUAUUUAUUGGGCAGAUUCACAUACUAA